AGUUAAAUUCACAAAAAUUUAGACGGACAUUUAUCAACGGAAAUUUUCUGGGCUCUUCAAAAUUAAUAGUUUUUCAUAUUAACAAUUUAUUUGCCCUUAGUAAUUUAUAGAAACAUUUGCGAAAUGCAUAUUAAUUUGAAAGCCUUGAUGCAUAUUUCCAAGUCCAUGGUCCCAAAUGAAAAGAUACAACGUCAAAAAUUUAUAAAAUGCAAUAAAAAGAGUUUUUUAAUACGCUUUGAAUUAAGUGGCGAUCAAAUUUUCAUAAUCAAACAAAUAAAAUUGAUAAAAAAGAAAAGCAAUUUACCAAAAAAGAAACCCAAAAGGAUAAAUGAAAAGCCAAAGCAAACUAUUGAAUAUAAAUUUGUAAGACCUCAAAUGAAUGAAACUUCCAGUGCCGUGUCCAUAAGUCAAACGAGUCAAACCGAAAAUGAUUUUACAAAGGAUCAGACAAUUCAAGCUACUUUCUCGAUGUCCUCUGCUGAUUCUCUUAUAAAUCGUAUAAGUCAAACUAAAAAUAUAUAUGUAAACGAUCAAGCAAUUCAAACAUCUGGAUCAAGGACUAGGGAUCAACUGAAUCAAACUUGUUCGGUGACAAUUUUAAGCAAUCAAUCCAUACAAACGGCUAUAAAGGAAUAUAGACAUGUCAAAUUGGAUUCAGAGGACUUGAUAUUGAGUUAUUCCAGGCAUCAGCAGACACUGAUCUUUUGCUAUCAAUCGACACCCAGUCAAACGGAUCUCUAUGCCCAGGGAGUGAAAUGCACCCAGACCGAAGUUGAGUGCAAGGAAAAGGCCCUGCAAACCAAGAUCCCACAAUGCCAUGUGCUUAUCCAAACGGAUCCCUAUAAUGUGACCGUAUGCACCCAGACCUUGGUGACUAAUCGACAUUGCUGUGUUCAGACAGCGGCGACCAAUAAUGAAAUGGUCGAAAUGGUUGAACCCCACAGACCAGACGAUCAAAUUCUAACCCUGAUACUCAGCUCACUUCAAGGACAAAGUGAUCUGCUGCAAACUGGCAUACUGGAGGCAUUAAAUCAGUUGACUGAAUUGACUUUGCUAUCCCUGAAGAAGGAGCAAGAUCAGUCAAAAGAUUAUUUUGGUAUAAUUGUGGAUGUACCCAAUGAAGGAAGGGACAUGCCCAAAAUACAAAAUGAACCCAAGAGCUUACCCAAACAUCGAACUUGGAAAUGCUCCUUGAAAUGUCGAGCUUGUGGCUUGCACAAACAUCGUAUCUUGCCAAUGACUUGUUGCCAAGGCACGCAAACCCAUGACGACCCCAUAAAGGUCGUCUAUGAGAUUGCCACGCAAACGUAUAAAAAACCAAAGACCCAUUGGAUUCUGCGGUUCUGUGAUGCUGGAAUCACCAAACUUACCCAAGCAACCAGCCAUUGAUGGCGUUUCUUCUUACUCUUGUUGCAGCAGUCAUAAUUUUACUAUUUUAUAUAUUUAUUUUGUAUUUCUUUCUUCUGUUGUUUCUUAUUGUUUGGUUUCUUUUUUUCUUUUUAAUUUUUAACUGAUUCGCGACACGCAAAACAUUCAAAAUAUGUCAAAUUAAUAUAUUAGCUUCAGGGUGAGCGCGACCUGAAAUUCAUCAAGCAACAGAAGAAGAUUCGCUCGGGCAAUUAAGAAUAAAACAAAACUCUAAAUUCCAAA